AUGUCUGUCCACUCGACUCAGCCCUUUACUGCUGCCCACUUGACGAAUGCCUUCAAGGGGUUGGCCACUUGUCACGCCAAUGGCGAGUCCGUGGAGGGCCUUGUUAUCAAGGUGGAGACAUAUAUGCUGCAUUUCAUUGAGCAGAGCAGCGACAUGGUCUCCGCCCAUAUGACUACCGUCACGACGACUCCCGUGGCCACCUCAGGUCCAGCAAUAACUCUGGCUCUGGGUCGGACUUGCAGGGCCUCCAAGCGAGCGCACAAGGAGGCUGUAUCGGCUGAGAAGGCUGUGGAGGAUGACACCCAGCCCAAGCCUUGUGGGUGCAGCUGCCCCAAGGGUAUGACCAAGGUGCAGUAUGUGGAGGCGCAAACAGCAUGCCGGGGUUGUAUGGAGCGAAAGAUCCAGUGCCAUGUGCCGAUUUCAGGACAGGUAGAGGUGUGCCAGGAGUGCGCGCAGAAGAAAACUUGGUGCAGCUUUGCCGAUGGGAGGGGGUUGCAGGCUGAGAGUAGUGAGGAGGUGGAAGAGGUGAAUGAGGUGGUGGUUGGGCGACAGCAGUUGAGCCCUAAAAAGCCCUGA